AUGUUGUCUACGUGGAAAUGAUAAAAUUCCACCUAAUUCCUCACAAUUAUCGCGUAAUUUAAUCAUUCACUAAACAAAUAUUUUCCAACAUAGACGUAAAAUUUCUCCGUUUUAACAAUGCCCAGUGAGAAUAGCGGCAACGUCACCAUUCGUGAACUUCCGCAAACCGAUCGUUUUAAACAAGUGGCGGAAAUAUUCGUCUCCCAUUAUGAAAAAAAACCGGAUUUUUAUGUCCGAGUACCCGGAAGAGUGAACCUUAUUGGCGAACAUAUCGAUUAUUGCGGCUAUGGAGUGUGUCCAAUGGCUUUAGAACAGGAUGUUGUACUCGCUGUUGCAGUGGAAACAAAACAAACAAUCCUGCGACUACACAACGCUGAAAAAAUCUACCAGGAUUUUCAAGUCGACUUGAAACAUUUUGAGAUAUCAAUCGGCGACGGAGCACCCGACUGGCAUCAAUAUUUCCUGUGUGGAAUUAAGGGAAUUUUUGAUAUUUUGCCUAAAGACGUCGAUUUGAAAGGAAUGAAUAUUGUAGUUAGUGGCAAGAUUCCUCCAAGUGCAGGCCUUUCAAGCAGCAGUGCUCUUGUUAGUGCUGCAGCCCUAGCAACUGCACACGCACACAGUUUCCCAAUGUCCAAAGAGAAGAUUGCGAAUUUGUGUGCUGAAUGUGAACGUUAUAUCGGCACUCAGGGAGGCGGAAUGGACCAAGCUAUAGCUUUUUUAGCCACUGAGGGUUGUGCUAAACUUAUUGAAUUCUCCCCCUUGCGAUCGACCGAUAUUACCCUACCUCCAGGAGCUGUGUUUGUCAUUGCCCACAGUUUAGCUAAACUUAACAAAGCUGCCACGGCUGAUUUUAACUGCAGAGUUGUUGAAUGUCGACUUGCGGCCCAGCUAAUAGGAAAAAAACACGGCUUGAAUUGGCCCGACAUCAAACGACUCGGUGAUUUACAAAAAGCUCUCGGAGUCGACUUGACUCAGAUGAUAACAAUUGUACAAGAGACAAUACCCGAGGAACUCUACACGAAAGAGGAAAUCAUACGAGAACUUGAAACUACUUCCGAGCAACUGAGCCAAACGUCGCUGACGCAAAAUACCAGACAUAUACAGAGUUUCAGGCUGAAACAAAGGGCACUCCACGUCUUUCGAGAGGCUCACAACGUGCAGCAAUGGGCCACGCUCUGCACCGGCCCCGCCGACGCCACAACCCUCCCAAACCUCGGCCUCCUCAUGAGCAAAAGUCACGAAAGUUUGCGAGACCUCUACGAAUGUAGUCAUCCUCAACUGGACAGGUUAGUGGAAUUAUCAAGGGAACUGACCUAUGGAGCUCGUUUAACCGGUGCCGGAUGGGGCGGAUGCAUCGUGGCCUUAGUGGCCCCAGAGAAGGUUGACACUUACAUGAACAUGUUGAAGGAGAAAUUCUAUUCGCAUUUGCCACCGGAACAAAUCGGUUCGGUGCUUUUCGCCACAGCGCCCAAAGCUGGAGCUUGCAUCUUUCAAAAAUAAAUUUUAAUACAGAUUUAAAAGUGUUUUAAUUUCAGUUCUGGGUCGAAAAGUUUUCUAAUAAAAUUUAUGUCGACUAGAGCAACUACAAAAGAAUACUAUCCGACUUUAUGACUUGUUCCGGGCUUUUACUAAUAUUUUAUUGUGUGCAAUUCACUUUUUGUGUUGUUGUGUUGCCACAACUUUGUAAUUACAAAAUAUUUUUUCUAUUUUGCGUUUGGAGGACCGAUGCAAUUUCAACACAAAUUUGGGUGCUGAAAUAGCCUAGUACAAUUUACUUUCUAGAGGUUGGUAAUGGUGAUUUUCAGCGGCGUUCUGAGCGAUUUCUUUUUUUUUCAUGAAAUAUUUGCGGCAUUCAUUGUUAAUUCAACAAAAUUUUGAAAAGUACUUACGACUUGACACUUUGAAAAUUGAAGUUACAAACAUUUAUAACCAACCACAACCUUAUUAGAGCAAAAGUUCCUAAAUUUUUAAAAAUUGACUUUUAUGUUAAAAAGUGCCUAAAACGCGCAAAAUAGAAAAAAUAUCUUAAAAAACCCGUUUCAUAAGUCAUUUGUGGGAUCUUUAACCAAAAUUAUACGAUUUUUGGUCUUUGGGGCCGAACAGUGCGACCGAUUUUUACCAAUUGUUUCGUGCUGCGUCCCCCUUAUAGGAUAAGGAAAGUAAUAUAUUGUAUAAGUACCGUAGAUUUUUACAUGUAAGACAAUUAAAACAAUUAACAAAGUUUUUGUUUU